AAGCACGAAGGCGUGAUGACAUAUUAUUUCUGCAUUGCGUUAUUAAGAGCACAGACCAGCGCGGCUUCUCUGACCCCCAAACUCUAGCGCUCUGUAUCUCGGGUGACCUUGCGUCAUUAGGUACUGGAUUUGACGUCCGACCAAAAUUGGUCAACAAUAGAUGACAACGCCGGACCAGCACCAGUUGGCACCCGGGCGAACUGCUCUUUCAGCGCCGUCUAGCGGAAUGCAGAUGCCACACGGAGCUAGCAGCAAGCUUCCAAGGUUGCACUGGUGUGCAUACAGAGGUGACAUUCAGGGCACGCUGCAAUGCAUCACGGACGGAUGCAGCCUGCACGAGACGGUGUCGCUGCGGAACCAGCACGGGCGGCUGGUGUGCGGGAUCACGGCUCUGUUCCUGGCUGCCCAGCGCGGGCAUGGCGAGAUUGUGAAGCUGCUGGUGACCAACGGCGCCUCGCCCAUACAGCCCUGCUUCAUACAGGGCAGCACUGAGCUGUGCACGCCCGCGGAGGUGGCCUCGCUCAACCUGCACUUCAAGCUGUCCAGGUACCUGAAGAAGGCGGCUCAGGCCCGGCGCAAGGAGGAGGAGGUGCUGGCGCUGGACGACGAGGACCGCAUGAGCCAGGUCUCGAACCGCCUCGCACGCGGGCUGGAGCGCGCCCGCAGCGUGCGCAGCGUCAGCAACGCCGGCGGCCCGCCCUCCCUGGCUGGCGCCGUCAACAGCGGCGUACUGGCGCGCCUAUCACGCGGCUCCGCCUCGGUGCGCGGCGGCGGCGGCGGCACCGCGGCCAUGUCAGUGGAUGGCGGCAUGACGGCGGCCAGCGUGGCCUUGUCGGCGGCGUACCCGGUGGCGGGCGCAGGCCCCGGCGGCGCGGCGGCGGCGCCAGCGGACGUGGAGGCGCAGCGGGCGGCGCUCAACUUCAUGCAGAAUGUGGAUCUGUCCGCGUUCGACCCGGACGCCGACGGACCCGUGGUGGUGGCGGCCGGCGACGACGGCGGCGACGGCAAGGGCAGCGGCCCCGGCAGCGCCGUCAAGAAGAUCAUCCGCCGCAUCAUGACCUGGGGCGCGGGGUCAAGCUCAGCGGCGGCGGCAGCAGGGGAGGCGGGCGCAGGCGGCGGCGGCGCGCCGGGCGGCGCGCGGCCGUCGGCGUCGACGCGCGUGCGUGGCGCGAGCGGCAUUGGCGCGGGCGGCCCUGUGCGCAGCCUGGGGCUCGACGCGGAGACCGUGGACCCCGCGCGGCCCGACCACACCAAGGUGCUGCAGCGCUUCCUCAAGGACCUGGACCUGGCCCACUGGCAGCCCGAGCACGACGGCCCCCUGGAGCUCAACACAGGCGGCGCCGCGCAGGCUGGCAGCACGCGGCCGGCCUCUCCGGGGUCGCGCAGCCGCGCCGGCGCCAGCCCGCCGCGCAGCGUGCGCAGCAACAUAAGCCCUGCGCGCUCCCGCGCGUAAGGAGUGAGGGCGGUGGGCGGGAGGAGGCGAGGCAAAAGGAGGGAAGGAGCAGGAAAGGAGGAGGCAGGCGCUUACUUCACAGCGGGUUUCGCGGCGGCAGCGGCACAAGGGCACCGGGCGUUGCCAGGUGCGAGCUGCGGUGGGAGCUGGAGGAAGUUGGUAUUGUUGGCGCCAGGCGUGGGCAUGUCCGGCUUUUGUCAGGUCUGAAGCGUAUAAUGGACGGAGGGCAGGGCGCCCUAGCUGUGCUAGCAGCUUAACAGGGGUAGCAUUUUGGAUUCCCUUCCUGGCAAGGGCACGGGAUAGCAUUGUUGUACCAUUUGACACUGACACGCACUGCUGCGGCCGACUGAGGCGCUUUUGAGCAUGCUGCGCGUUUCCCAGCGCUUGAUCUAGUAGACGAAGCAUUUAGCGGCAGGGGUACAAAUGCAAACGGCGGGUGCUGGACACAGGGUUUGUGGCAUGGCACGUGCCUCGGGCUGCGGCCGGGAAUAGUCCUGGCUGUAUCUGGGCUCGGGCUUGGGUUUGAUUGGGGCUGAGCCGUUGAGGCGGAGGCUACAGCUCCUCCGCCCGGAGGCUUUGCAUGCAUAGCACAUACGGUAAGGCAUCGGCGCUUGACGCGCAACGUACAGCAUGGCGCAUGGAGCUAGACGCGUGUGUUCGUGUGGCUGUAGGCGCGUGUGUGCCUGUUUUAUGUCCUACAUCGCCGUAAAUAUUGACGGGUGUCGUGUGUGUGUGUGUGUGUGUGUUGGGACGUCGACGCGCCAGGGGCAUGGCAUACGAUAAUACUGGCAUCAGGAAAGCGGCGGCGGUGCAGGCUCCGCGCGUCUUGCAAAGCUUUGUAGCACUCUUAUAGCGUGGUAUGCAUUUUGCUUUGGCGCGCCGCAGCAGAGGUGAGGUGACGGAGGUCCUACACCAUGCAAGAGGCCGGUCCGGUGGAGCCGUACCGCCAGCCUUGCGGGGGGGGGGGUGCCGAGCGCGGCACGGGGCACGGCACGGCGUUGCGCACCUGCUUGGUGUUGGGUGUGAUGCGGGCUGAGCACGGCACGUCCGCACGAGCGAGUGCGCUGGCAGGUCUGGCAGGUCAAGCGGCCGGCGUAUGGAUGGGGUCGGGCCAGGGCGAAUGAUGGUACGACGUGACGGCCUGCUGUGGCGCUGUGCCCAGAUUUGCUGGGCUACACAUAACACAGGGCUCCUAUCUUUAUGUCGUCAGACAUUAAUUGGUCAUUUUGGCCGUUUCCUAGACAUUUGACAUUUCUCCUGGGGGCUAAUGUCUGAAGCGAGACUUUGUUGGCCCGGGUUUGGGGCGGGUUCUGUCCGAACCCCUAUGGAGAAGCCUCCAAACCGCUAUGUGCCCAGACAAAAGACAGUGGCCACCCGGCCGUUUUGUCUGGAGCUAGACAUCACCCCGAAAGUAAGAUACGACCCCUGAAACAACACGCCGGAUGUGGGUUAGUGGUUGGGUGUAAGCAAAGUGGUGCAAUUGUGCAAACGAUGGGGCCGAUUCCAAGGAGGUAAGCGUCAUUACCUGCCUGCCUGUCAGACAGAGCCCAGGCCGUCGCAUGUUGUGUGUGCGCGCGCGCCAGGAAACAUGAAGGCCCUCUGCGUGACGCCUGCAAGCACGCAUACGAGCUAUUCAUAACAUACAGGGCAUUUGGGAUGGUUUGAGCUUUGGACGGUCCCCCGGGUAUGGGCACGCCCCGGGUGAGACCGGGUUGGCACGCGUUGGUCAUCGCAUUUGCACUUUCCCCAUCCUGCACAUGCGUUCGUUCUGCACGUGUGCGUUGUGUAAAACCCUGGAUAU